CUAAGCAAAUCCUUCAUCUCCACACCAGAAGCAGCCUUCCUAAUCAUCAUGUCUUCUUUCUCACAAUAAUCUCCAUUGCAGACCUUAGUCCUACUUUCUACGUUGCCAAAAUCCAUCCCUUUUUUUCCGUAACCCGUUGUUUCUGAUACAUAGAAGACCCAGGAGGAAAAGGUUGUUUUUAUACAUAACAUAUAUACGCUCUGCUUUCUUUCUCACAUUAAUAUCUGCAGAGAAUUGCGGAAUCCGAUUGUAAUCGGUCGGGCUCCGCCAUGGAAGAUGGAUAGUUUAUUCUUCACGCCGGCAUCACGCCUCCGUCAAUUCAAGCAAUCAUUGAAAUUCCUCGCUGCUCCGACGGCGGUUGCCUCCCCGGACGAGCCCCAACUGCUCGACGCCCUAUGGCGAGACAAGAUAUUGGAUCCAAGCAGCGACGUUGUGAACCUUUGGAAUCAUGUGUUCCUCAUCGUCUGCCUCAUCUCCCUCUCUCUAGACCCUCUGUAUUUCUACAUCCCCUACGUGGGCGGCAAGGCUUGCAUGUCCACCGACACCAAAGCCUCCAUCGCAAUCACCUACUUCCGCACCGUCGCCGAUUUCUUCUACAUCUUCAACAUGCUGUUGAAAUUCCGCACCGCCUUCGUCGCCCCUAGCUCUAGGGUUUUCGGGCGGGGCGAGCUGGUGAUGGACGCGGGAGAAAUCGCGAUGCGAUAUCUCAAAUACGAUUUCAUUAUUGAUUUCGCCGCUACUCUCCCCUUACCUCAGAUUGUGAUUUGGUUUGUGAUUCCGGCUAUGAAAGCUAGGGGCUCUGGCUCUGGCCACGACAACAACACUCUCGCUCUUAUCGUCCUCAUUCAAUAUGUUCCCAGGUUGCUCGUUAGCAUUCCAUUAAAUCAGAGGAUUAUAAAGACGACAGGCUUUAUUGCUAAAACAGCUUGGGCCGGAGCUGCAUAUAAUUUAAUCCUCUUCAUGCUAGCCAGUCAUGUACUAGGGGCUUCAUGGUACCUGUCUUCCAUUGGGCGCCAGCAUUCUUGCUGGACUAUGCAGUGUGAAACUGAGAAGUAUUCGGUUCCUCCAUGCAUGGGUGGUUUUCUGGACUGUGAGAGUCCGGAAUCCAGUUCACUUGACCGGGAAUAUUGGCUCAACACCACCGCAUUGCUUUCCCGUUGUGAUCCUAAAAACGAGGAAUCUGAUUUCAAAUUCGGAAUGUUUGCUGAUGCUUUCACCAGUGAAGUCGCUUCAUCUCGAUUUGUCGAGAAGUAUCUCUAUUGCUUUUGGUGGGGUUUAAGGAAUUUGAGUUCAUAUGGACAGAAUUUGAGGACUAGCACAUACAUUGGAGAAACACUGUUUUGCAUUUUCGUGUGUAUCAAUGGUUUAAUUCUAUUUUCACAUUUAAUUGGCAACAUGCAGACUUACCUGCAAUCUCUGACGGUGAGACUUGAGGAGUGGAGGAUUAAGAGAAGAGAUACAGAAGAGUGGAUGAGGCAUCGCCAGUUGCCUCCAGACCUUCAAGAACGUGUACGUCGAUUUGAUCAGUACAAAUGGCUUGCAACGAGAGGAGUCAAUGAAGAGUCUAUCUUGCUAUCGUUACCCCUGGAUCUUCGUCGUCAGAUUCAGAGACAUCUUUGCCUUAACCUUGUUCGGAGAGUUCCUUUCUUUGCACAGAUGGAUGACCAACUGCUUGAUGCCAUCUGUGAACGCCUAGUCUCCUCGUUGAGCACAAAGGCCACUUAUAUUGUCCGCGAGGGUGAUCCAGUGAACGAGAUGCUCUUUAUCAUCAGGGGCCAACUGGAGAGCUCCACAACAAAUGGGGGAAGGUCAGGAUUCUUCAAUUCUAUCACCCUUAGACCCGGAGACUUCUGUGGAGAGGAAUUACUCACAUGGGCUCUAGUUCCAAACUCUUUAAACCUGCCUUCUUCAACUCGCACUGUUCGAACGCUAUCUGAAGUGGAGGCAUUUGCACUUCGUGCUGAGGACCUGAAAUUCUUCGCGGUUCAGUUUAAGCAUCUUCACAGCAAGAAGUUGCAGCAUGCAUUCAGAUACUAUUCUCAUCAAUGGAGGACGUGGGGUGCGUGCUAUAUACAGGUCGGGUGGAGAAGGUACAAAAAGAAAAAGCUGGCAAAGGAGUUGUCUCUGCAGGAGAGCUACUAUUACAUGUCAACAGAAGAUGGCGGAACCUACAUUUAUGACGAGAAUUAUGUGGGUUCUGGUGAUGGAGUCCACAUCCGGUCAUCCGAAGAUGGUGCCAACAAUGCACAUCCACAGCAUCUUGGAGCCACAAUCCUGGCCUCCAAAUUUGCUGCAAAUACAAGAAGAGGAAUGAUGCAAAAAGUUCAGGUAUCAGAUUCUGCUUCUUCUAGCCUCAAGAUGCCUCAGUUGUUUAAGCCACAGGAACCGGAUUUCUCUUAGAAUGAGGAGGAAGGUAUUCCCUAAAAUCAUUCUUUAGAUGAGAUUCUUGACUGAAUUUUUGUUUUUGUAAAUUUGUCUAGUGUCUAGGUUUUGGUUAACACACACAUGACAUCCUUGAGAAAAUGAUAGUACUAAUCCCAUCCCAUCCAACUAGAUUUCGGAAUUGGGAUUAAGCCUCUCAUCUGUACUGAAGGAUUUGAUUAGCAAACUUAGAAGAAAGAUCAUCAUGUAUAAAUGUAUAUAAUAUCUCACUUCACUCAUGGAACUGUAAUAUCAGUACAUAACCUACUUCUACUGUUAUUUUAUUUCAA